UUUAAGAGACCCAACAUCACCUGUGGUGUUGACAUGUAAGUAUUCCUAGGUUAAAUAACACAAAGGUUAAUUAAAAAAAAAAACUUUUUGGAAUAUUGGGCUUGGUGCAUAUAGAAUUUGUUCAAAGGUGGCGGUUUAUCAUCCUGUUGUUUUUUCUUUGUUUGUUUUUUUCCUUUAUUCUUUUUGCAUACUCAGUUACUCUUUGUUUUAUCUCUGUUGGAGCCCACGUUGCUUGGUGCAGACUAUAUGUAGGUUGUAACCUAUUAGUUGUUCCCUGAAGGCCAAUUUGUAAUGUUCUGAAAUUUCUUUUAAUUUCAGUUUUUGUUAACCUACACUUUAAAUGUAAAUGUCUGCCAGUUUCCUGCUGAUCCGUUUUAGGUUGCACAUUGCAUUCCAGCUGGUUAAAUUUGAAAAAAAACAGAGGUGUUGUAUAACUUUGGAGUGAAACUGUAACUUUCUCUUGCUUUAUCUAAUUUAUCCAGCUUGAACCCUGUGCCACAAUUCUGCCGCAAGACAUCAGAAGAAACUGACUCUCAAGGCCUCCACCAAGUUGAUCCAGGUUGCCAAGGCAUACAGCCUGAGCGGCUCUGUGCCGUCCAGGGUAAAGUCAGCUGAGAUGGUCAGGGAGCUGGCCAGGAAACACAUACGAGCAGCAGAUGGUGACCCCGGGGACUCCAAGCUGAUGCGCAGCACCAGUGAGCUCCAGUUUGGACAGUAACAGGGUCAAUCUUUUAAAUGGUUGCUGACCCAUGAUCUCAGCUAUGCCGUCAUGGUGUUGGCAACCCACCAGAGGGAGCGCGAAUAUGGCCAGGUAUCAGAUAGCCUGCUGGCGAGCAAUAAGAACGCCCUGGAGUCCUACGCCUGGCUCUUUCCCGAAGUAAAGACGGCCAUCCUUCAUCGAAAGGAUAGAGACAGGUCGUCCAGGCCCCUGGAUGAGGGCAUGAGGCUCAUCGGCUUCGGUGAACAUGCACACCUGAUGUUUCAGGCCCUUUACGAUGCAGAAGAUCGGGAGGUUGAGACGUGGGAGACUUUUGAGUGGGGUCUUAGGGGAAGGGCACAGCAAGGUAGUGGGUGCUUUGCUUCCAUUUGUUCACCUGUUACCGUUCCCGGUUUUGUACCCCAACGCAGUUACAUCAAAUGGCUCCGGCACCAAACCACCAAAGUCGGAACCAGGAUGCAUGCGCUCCAGCUGUAUGUGCGGCGAAAAGAUGAGGCGAAGGCAGCAGCAAUCUCCUCCCUUCCCAAAACCACCACUGUUGCCCCCACUGCCUCGCUAUCUGCAGCAGCCUCCAUCGCCGAGAUUCCUGAUGAUGAGCUGCUGUCGGCCAGCAUGGAGUUGGAAGCUGCAUCUACCUCCCAGUCUGCAACCAGUAGAGGGCCCGUGCCAUCCCAACACUCCCAACCAAUGUCUGAUCCGGGAAAGCAGCCCUCGCAAACGCUGUCUGUAGCCAGGAGAGAGGACACAGACAGAUGGUACUUUAUGGCCACGGAGUACCUGGAGUGCCGGCGCUGCAGGAAGAAGGUGGUGGGCUGGUUGCAGUAUGUCUUGGAUCAGCUGCAUCAUACCCACCGGGAUGAGUUUCCAGCUAUCCUGACUUACAGGUUAUCCUGCGACAAAAAGCUCAUUGGGCAGAUGCGUGAGCACACACUGGGCAACGGGGCCAACCGGCUGUGCAGAUAUAUACUCGAGAAGCACACCAGAUCCUGGAUGUUGCGGUCCAAAAUGUACCUGUUCGUGUUGUCCAAGUUCAUCACAUCGGGUGCCGAGCCAUCUACAAGUCCCAUUCAACCACCACGAAUGACCCUGGUGCCCGGUGCAAAGUGGUUGCUGUCCAUCUACACCAGGGAGAUGGCUUCAAGGCUAGAAGAGACCAAGGCCCGGAUCACCUCGAUCUUUGGCUCAAUCUUGAAGAUGAACUCAACCAAGAAGGUGACCAAGAAACUCGCUGGUGCCAUGGCAGGUACGGCAGCCUGGGUGACUAACGUAGGGAAUGAGCACGGCCAGAUCUUGAUCAGCGUCCUCACUGCAGCCGAGGGCGCUGGCCUGCACCCCAUGGCCACAGGGCUGAUGCAGCGAUACCGUGAUGCCAGUGUGUCCCCGUCUCUGGUCCUGUAUGUGGACCGAGACUGCUGUUCCCACAGGGGGGCCAUCCAAGGUGUCCCUCUUAUUCCACCAGUGGGAUCAGCUAGUGGUGCAGCUCGGCGGGUGUCACCACGGAGUGCCACCCACUAUAAAGCCUCUUCAUGGCGCGUCUCUUAUUCUGUAUUUUUGAGUGGGACCAGGAGAGACGUUGCCCGGCUUCGACAGACCAAGGCUGGUGAGGUGGGGAAGGGUUCCCGAGGCUCCGGCUUUGGAAACAUCCUGUUAAAGGAACUGGCCCGACACUGCGGCACAUGUGGGGUGGAGGAGACCGGCUGGCUCAUUGAUGAGAUGUUGGAGGCUUCCGGGGAUGCCACUGACACCAUGGGUAUCCAGGACAUUUGGAAGACUCAGAGGCGCCACCUCCACUGCAUCCAGGACCCACCAGGGAUGCACCUGUACAUGCAGACCGGGCAGCUGCCGGUGUUCAGGUUCAAAUUCGUUGGAGUCAUUCCACCUGCAUCUGAACCGCUUCAUACCUGGCACUUCGGCCAGCAUGGCCCACUUUCAGGCCUAUUUUCUGGAAGGCCUGGCGCUGUGGAACGAGGACCAUGCGGCACAGGCAGUAGAGGCAGCAGACCGUGAUAUUGUCUGCUACAGUGGCUAACUCCAGCACUCCCUCAAUCAGCUGAGCAAACUUGUGUUUUACAAGAAGCUGGUUGAGGAUUACACCCGGCCUGCGAAGUAUACUGACCAGUCAAGUCCUGGAGGAAGUGAUGGGCAGGGAUCACGACGCACCGGAUGGGAUGGACACACCCGACGACGACGACAAUAGUGUUGAAGAGGGCUUCCAAGAGGAUGAGUGGUCGGUAGAGGAGCAUCUCGACCACACCCUCUUCGGCCUAGAGGAGGACUUUGCCCCGCCUACUUUAAAACCAUUGUCGUCUGACACGUCCCAGUCGCAAGCUGCCAUCGGCGCCUCACAAUCUGGGCCAGCUGACCAGGAGACCUCCCCUGGAGACGAGCCCAUUCAAAGGGUGUGCCAC